GCGAGCACUCGAUCCUUCCCCACUGCCUGGCCAUCCCCAGCGGCACCUCACCAUUCACCUGCAUGACUCACACAGACUUUGCUUGACGGUCCUGGCAUUCCAUAUACAGAUCCCGCCCCAGCUGCUGGACACCAUUCAGUUCCCCGAGAAGUACAUGGGAGCCCUGCGAAUCACAAUGAUGGCGGUAGACAUCCGGAAGUGCUUCAAGCUGAUCUUUGAGGACGACACGUUUAGGCAGGUGGAUCUCUUCAACCCUAAGCCUAAGAGGAGCAGGAGAUUCUUCGCACUGAUCUAUGACUUCUUGGUGUUCACGGACAGCGUGUUCAAGGAAGUGGAGGAGCGGGAAGAAAAGGACAUGAGGAGAGUUGAAGCCAAGACGGAGGAGCUGCAGAGGUGCCAGGAGGAGAAGCUAGCUCUGAAGGCCCAGCUUGAUGCACUGGGACUCUCUCUGGCCAAGCUGGACAUAGCCAUAAAGGACACUGAGCUCAGGACCAUGGAGGUGGGUGCCCUCGCUGAGCAGCGGGACAAGAUGAGGGCCAAGCUACACAAGAUGAAGCAGCAGAUCCAUGAGAGGAGGAUGGAGAACGAAAAGAAUCAGCUGGCGAAGGAAGAGGACAUGAGGAGAGUUGAAGCCAAGACGGAGGAGCUGCAGAGGUGCCAGGAGGAGAAGCUAGCUCUGAAGGCCCAGCUUGAUGCACUGGGACUCUCUCUGGCCAAGCUGGACAUAGCCAUAAAGGACACUGAGCUCAGGACCAUGGAGGCUGGCAGUGAGAAGCAGAGGCUGGAGGGCCUUGUGAUCCAGGCCAGCGAGGAACAGGAGAUCAAGAAGAGGGACGAGAAGUUGGCAGUGCUCAAGGAGGACAACCAGAAGAAGAAGGAUCAUCUGGCCCAGCUGCAGCAGAGAGCCAGCUUCAUCAAUACAACCAAGGAGAAACUGGACAAGCUCAUAGCAAUGCUGCAAGAGAUCCAGCAGGAAAAGUCAAAGGAGAAGGACAUCCAGGCAGCCAUCCAGAAGAGGGUCUCCCAAGUCACCGAACUUCAGGAGGAGAUCAAGGACCAAGAACAGAGUAAUCUGCAAUUAACUCAGCAGCUCACAGCCUCAGAAACCAAGCUGCAACACAUCCACCAGGCGUGGGACCUCAAGCAGGACAGCCUCAACAAAGAGAUCAAGGAGCAGAAACAGGUUCUCGAGGACCUGGAGCGCAACCAGACGGAGCAGGACAUUGUGUGCAAGGAAGUGAGUGAUGACGUGGCUGACCUGGACGGGCAGAUCAGACAGUCCAUGGAGGAGAUCCGGAACACCAACAUCAUGAUAAAGAACAACUACAAGCUUAUCCUCGAUGCUAUGGAGGAAGGCAACGUUGAGCUGAUGUCUGCCCUCACUGAGGCCACCAAGUGUGUGGAGGAGUUUAGGUCUGCAGAGUGACUCCAGUCCUCAGGCGGGCCAAGGCUUCAGAGGAUACCAGGCUGAGGAUCAAUGGGGAUUCAGUUCUUACUUCCGGACUUUAUAUUUUCUAAGGCUUAUGGAUUUACGCCUUUAUAUUUCCUAAGGCUUACGGUUAUACUAUAGUGUUACGUAGUGUUGUCGGGAGCAUUUAUUGGUGCAGCAGUUACUUGCAUCCUGAGUGUUGCAGGGUGUGGCUGUUACUCUGCACUUGUGUACCCAGGCAGGUUUUUACACACCUUUUCAGGCACUUGUGUACCCAGGCAGGUUUUUACACACCUUUUCAGGCACUUGUGUACCCAGGCAGGUUUUUACACACCUUUUCAGGCACUUGUGUACCCAGGCAGGUUUUUACACAC